UGAUCAGUUCUUUUGUGAAUUAAUUUGUAAUUUGGACAUAUUGAGACUUUUAACUUUUGUAUCAGGUAAUUCAUCAGGACAUGGUUGUAAUGUUCAAGAUUGCUGAUUGUAUGGUUCUUCACAUCUGUGGUGCUCAUCAUGGUGUGUGGAAGAAAUUGCAUCAAAUUUAUAAUGGACUCGGUGAAAUGGAUCACUUGGCUUAUAAGUAUUUCCAUAUGUGUUGCAAGCCAGUUCGAUAGUGGUGGCGAAAGAAAUGCGUUGAUGGAUAUCAUUGAAAACAGCACAGUGCGACUGGAGCCAAUAGAGAAUACACCGAAUUUUAGACUUAUCAAAACUGAAAAAGGAACGCAAUGGUUCCCGGAGAGAGAAAUCAAGUUGGAUAGUUGUGUGAGAAGAUCAAGGUGUGAACCACUGAAUAGGACAACAUGCUUGGGUGUCAAACUACCCUACAACAGAACCAGUGUACGGCUAACUUUCUAUGACAGUCAAUACAAAAUUCAAAAUCAGUUGGAGCUGUACAAAGCCCUGAUAAAUGUGCCAAAAUGCUGGGCUGUGAUCCAACCGCUAUUAUGUGCUACAUUUAUGCCCAACUGCGAACGAAUCAACGGACAUGAUAUGGUCUAUCUUCCAUCAUAUGAGAUGUGCAAAAUAACGAUGGAACCCUGCUCAAUAUUAUAUAAUACAUCAUAUUUUCCGUCCUUUUUGAAAUGCAACUCUACUCUGUUUCCAAUGAGAUGUGAUAACCCUGCUAGAGAAAUGAAGUUUAAUACGACAGGGAAGUGUCUACAACCGCUUAUACAUACAGACAAGCCGAUGCAUUUUUAUGAAGGUAUAUCGGGAUGUGGGCUGCCGUGUCGUGACCCUCUCUACACAGAAGAUGAGCACCAACAGAUCCACCGGCUGAUCGCGUGGGGCGCCGGCGUAUGUCUUGCGCUCAAUCUCUUCACCGUGGCCACCUUCCUCAUCGACUGGCGCAGCGCAAACAAGUAUCCAGCGCUUGUUAUAUUCUACAUCAACGUCUGCUUCGCUGUUGCGUCUAUGGGGUGGCUAGUUCAGUUUGGUGUGGGAUCAAGGGAUGAUAUUGUGUGCUCCAAGGAUGGAACCCGACGCCAAGGAGAACCAUCGGCUGAAGAAAACCUAUCCUGUGUUGUUGUGUUUGUGAUGGUGUACUACUUCAUGAUGGCAGCUUGUGUUUGGUUCGUGAUAUUCACCUACGCGUGGCACAUGAGUUUCAGAGCUUUAGGUAAAAUUCAAGACAGAAUAGACAAGAAAGCCGCAUAUUUCCAUCUUGUGGCAUGGUCUCUACCCCUCAUAUUUACAAUUACAACAAUGGCGUUUGGUGAGGUGGAUGGCAGCAGUAUUACUGGGGUUUGUUUUGUGGGCUAUGUCAAUCAUCCAAUGAGAGCUGGUCUGUUGCUAGCCCCUUUGUCUCUGGUACUGCUUCUUGGAGGAUAUUUUUUACUAAGAGGUGUGUUCUCCCUGAUAGCAGUCCGUGUGUCGAGCAGGGACGUGAUAUCCCCUCGCGCCGCCAACAAGAUCCGUCAGACCAUCACCCGGUGCUCGCUGACCGCCACCCUGGUCGCUGUCUUCAUUUGCGUCACCUUCGCGUGCCAUGUCUACGAGUUUAGGAAUGCGGAUCUGUGGAAGGAGUCCUUUAAGAAAAAUAUCAUAUGCCGGCUCGCCAGCGCACACGAGGUGGACGGCCGCGAGUGUACGCCAGGUUCUCGACCCUCGGUGUCGGUGCUGCAGCUUCGGCUGCUGUGCUGCUUCGCGGCCGGCGCGCUCAUGGCUUCUUGGACCUGGACACCGGCCGCUCUUGCAGCCUGGAGGCGAUAUAUGGCCAAGAAGUGCGGGUGCUCCGUGGAAGCCGAGAUGCGUCGGCGCGCUCGCAAGCACGAGCUGAUAGCGCGCGCCUACCGCCGCCGGAACGAGUUCCUCACGCGCGGGAGACUGUCCAUCUCGCUGGGAGGGUCACGGGCCGACCCCGUGGGGCUGUGUCUGGAGCACACCUCGCCCGGGGACUGUGUGGACGACUGCAAGCACGAGAGUGGUGAACUAUCGUCGUCGUGGGCGGCCAACCUGCCCCGCUUCGUGCGGCGCCGCGACGCCCUGGUGCUGCCCGCACACACGCACCACUCGCUCAGCUCCACGCCCGACAGACGCAACUCCCAGGACUCGCAGAUCAGCAUCAGCCUGCGCCACGUGUCCGUCGAGUCCCGCCGGAACUCUCUCGACAGCCAACUGUCCGUCAAGAUCGCCGAGAUGAAGACCAAAGUUGGCCGACGCCGCACCAAACACGGCAAGGCCAAACGCAAGGCCCGCGCCUCGAGGAAAGAGAGCACGCCGUCCAUUGAGAGCCAGAUUAGCCGGUAUUGGCUACAAGCUGUUGCGGGCAAUAACGACCCCUCGCGCGAGGAAGUUAAGUUCAGUUUUGAUUGAAGGUUUGCUGAAUUUGUGAUUUAAGUACAAAUAAUAUACAUUUAAGACAUUACCACUAACUGUGAUUGCGAACAAGUAUUUAUUACUAGCUACCGAUAUGAACUAUUUUCAAUUAAAUCUAAAUAAAGACUGAUUCGAAUCUCUACUACUAGAAAUAGUGUCCGACAAUAAUAAACCUUAAAUGAACAUAAUCAUUUUAUAAAUAAUUUUAUUGUGCCAUAUUUACAUUGGCAGUAAGAAAUAUUUUACAAUGACUGAAAUUAAGUUUUAGGUGUACAAUCGUACUCAUGGUAUGAAGAUAUUUUUGAAAUGUAUUGAUGGUUUUUUAUGCAUUUAUUGUACAAUAGAUAAGGUUGUGAUGUACCUCUUAUAAUUAUUAGUGGAGGCUAUCAAAUAUUGAUAUUUUUGUGACAAACACCUUUAUAGAUAUAUGAUAAAAAAUGUGUAAUGAAGAAGUUAUUUAAGUCUGUGCUAGCUUUAAAACCAUGUUUACUUUGUAAGUUUUAAAGUAAUAAAAGUAUAUACAAUUCUUAAAAAA